GUGCUAUCAUUUUACGAACAAUGCCCAUCUGCUGCCGAAAACAAAUAUCUCAUGAUCGGACUCAAUCUCAUGUUUCUUUUAGCGAGCAACCGAUUAUCCGACUUCCAUAUGUUGCUGGAAUCAGUUCCCCAAAACAUCCAAACGAGCAAUCCCUACAUCUCAACACCUGUACGCCUCGAGCAGUCACUGAUGGAAGGAGCGUACAAUAAGGUCAUUCUUACCGAGAAAACAAUUCCUAGUCAGUACUACAGCACGUUCAUCAGGAUCAUGAUGGAUGCAGUAAGGUGA